GUGCUUCAAAAUCGGAGAGAUACUGCUGCUAUUGUUGUUGUCGUUGCCUAAAGCGGACUGGAAUUUAAUUAAAUUAAAUUAAAUUAUGAACGAAUGAGUGUAUGCGCCUGUGUGUGCCUAAGCUGCGUUCUUGAGUUGUUCUUGUUCCAAGUUCUUUUUUUCGUGGCGUGUAUCUGUGUGCGCGUGUUCGUGUGGUGGUGUGCGUGUGCUUUUUGUGAACUACGUUUUGUUUCAAUGCCAAAAAGUAUCUAUGCCCUGGCAUGUGCGCUCUCUAUCUAUCUGCCUCUCUCUCGCUCAUGCUGGUUACAUAAAUACUGGUAGAAGAAGAAGAGGAGGAGGCAGCAGAAACCGAAAUACAAAUUCAAUUAACACCUGAAAACGAAAAGCCAACUGGAACACGCCUGAUUGGAAAAUAGAAAACAUGUGCUUGGUUUUUUAAAUCAUCUUUAUUUUUCCAUCUCCCUUUUAAAUGUUAUCGAAAAGUUCCUUGAAAGAAGGAAUGUGUAAAAGGCGAAAAGAACCAGAACGAGAACACCAAAAAAACGAAAUUAACGACGUCACAUAAAAGUGUGUCAAAGCAGCAGUUCACGCACACUACUUUGCCCCAAUUUGUAUCUGUGUGAAGCUUUUGCUCUCUCCCCCUCUCUCUCUCUCUUUUGCUGAUAAAACGCAACGCACACAGAGCGUAUACAUAAUUUAUAUAUUUAUUUAAAUGUUUUUCGUUUGCCUGUUUUGAACAACGAGUUUUUCUCGUUAUUCUAAGGCUGUCCCUCUUUUUUCUCUCAUUUUCUCUCCUUUUUGCUCUUAUUAAACAUAUGGCAUUGCUCAAUUAUUAUGUCAUAAACAUUUUGAAUGGCAAAAUUGCGAUAGAAGUUCAAUUUGUUCAAGGCAAUAUGGGCUUGCAAGCUUUUUUGCUUUUGGCACAGGAAAUGCAAAAGUUGUCGUUGUGUGCAGGAACGUGCAGCAAUUUUCCUACGUUUGCAUGAAAAACCUAGUGCCCUAUUAAGCCAAACGAGAGAGAAAAGCCCAGCGAGAGAGAGAGCAAAGUUUUCCCGCACUCAAAUUUAAAAAUCAAUGUUGAAAAUGCGCGCAAAGCGGACAAAGAAAACACGCACGAACACAAACAACUAAUACUCCAUCUAAUAAGAAAUGUGAUCGGACGGGCACGUGUACGUGGCACACAGAUACAAAAGAGAGUGUCGCAGAGCGAGAUAACCAGAGUGGAUUCAUAUAAUCGGGAAAAAGAGAGCUUCGUUUCGACUUCCAUUCGCUCGCUCAGCUGCUAAAGCAAACUUUGCGUUAGAAUACAAAAAAGCACGCUAAGACGAAGACGCGCACGAAAGUUGAACGGAAAAACGGAAAAAGGCAAAGGCGGAUGAAGCAGCACAAAAAGAGAGGCGUAAGCAAGCGCUAAAUUUUAAAAAAAAUUAUAUAUAAAAAAACUAAGCGCUAAGCCUCCAGAUUCGCGGAAAUAUUAAUCUAAUCUAGAGUGUGCCUGUGUGUGUGUUUGUUUAAAAUCCAAGCAACAACAACAACAAAUCAGCAGAACAACACAAACAAAGUAUAAAUCCAUUAUAAAAAAAACCCCUCAUCAAAUGCAGGAUCCAUUACCACAACAACAAAAACAACUGUCGCGUCUCCAAAUGAAACAAUAAUUGAAUAAUAUAAAUUAACCAAUAACGAAAAAUAAAAAAACAAGCAAAGCGAAUAACGAGUAAAAAGUUAAAAGUAAGCCUGUCGAGGAGAUUUAAAGUACCAUAUAUAGUUCUUCUUAUCUAUACCCACACUCAAUUAAUUGCAGCUGAAUGCACGACUCCUUGCAGAAAGGAUCGUAAAUAGAGUCUGAAGACACAUGUGCAAAUGCAUAUAUAGCGACGUUCACGAACUGUCACUGAGAGCGAUCGAUAGCUGUAACUCCAUGUGUGUGCAUGAGUCGCAGCAUCAGUAGCGCACCCAAGGACCAAGGACCUCAUCCACAUAGCCCAUCAAUCUCUCAGAUGCCAGUGGCGGAACCCCCCCGAUAAGGCAUCGCAUCGCAUCGAAUCGCAUCGAAUCGCACCCAUUGGACAAGGACGACGACAAGGACUACAGGACUGCGGGACAAGGACAACUAGAAGAACUCUAGAACAGGACAGUGACUGACGCAUCCUGCGCUCGUUUGAUCGUUCGCUCGCUCAAUCGCUCUUUCGCUCGCACGCUCUAAAAACCAAAACAGAAAUACAAGAAACAAUACCAAGCAAGCCAAAAACCAAAUAAUACCAAGCUAAACAGACGCCUCAUUACCAAACAUCGAACGUUUCGUUGUCGUUUAACCAAAAACUAAAAGCGAAUCAAAACCGAAUCAAUCCAAUCCAAUCAAAUCAAAUCCAAGCCAAGCCAAUCCAAAACCAACCCAAUCAAAUCAAAUCGAAAAGAAAUACUCCAACGAGACAUAGAAACAGAACAGUAAACUGUAACAGAAACACCAAAAGCAUAAGCAAAAGCUAAAGCUAAAGCAAUCAUCAGUCAAAGUCGAUAACCAAAACCAGCAACAUUCAGUUAAAAAUGGCCGAAGACGCUACCAUGGAGACAUGUCCAAGUCCUGAAAUCGGCGACUCGCGCAAAAGGCCACUUGAUUCCGAUCCGGAAAAUGAACAAACAAAACGCUCACAUUUCAGUUCCGGUGAGUCAGUUUGUUCUGGAAUUGAGGUUGAAAUUGAAAAUAAUAACAAUAAUCAUAUUCAUCAUGGCGAGACAACGUACCACAUGAAAAUACUGGUGCCCGCGGUGGCCUCCGGGGCCAUCAUCGGCAAAGGGGGCGAGACGAUCGCCUCCCUGCAGAAGGACACGGGUGCUAGGGUGAAGAUGUCCAAGUCCCACGACUUUUACCCAGGCACCACCGAACGAGUGUGCCUAAUCACCGGAUCCACGGAGGCCAUCAUGGUCGUGCUCGAGUUCAUCAUGGACAAGAUCCGCGAGAAGCCUGACCUGACCAACAAGAUCGUCGAUGCCGAGUCAAAACAGACCCAGGAGCGGGACAAGCAGGUCAAGAUCCUGGUGCCCAACUCCACGGCCGGCAUGAUCAUCGGCAAGGGCGGCGCCUUCAUCAAACAGAUCAAGGAGGAGAGCGGCUCCUACGUCCAGAUCUCGCAGAAGCCCAAGGAUGUCUCGCUGCAGGAGCGCUGCAUCACGAUCAUCGGCGACAAGGAGAACAACAAGAACGCCUGCAAGAUGAUCCUCUCGAAGAUCGUCGAGGAUCCCCAGUCGGGCACAUGCCUGAACGUCUCCUACGCGGACGUCAGCGGCCCGGUGGCCAACUUCAAUCCGACCGGCUCCCCGUACGCCACCAACCAGAAUGCCAUCAACUCGAGCACCGCCUCGCUAAACUCCACGCUGGGCACCACGAUCGGCGGCGCCAACUCGGCGGCCAGCCUGCUAGUCAACGGCACCGGCAUCAACUUGUCCAUCAACCUGGGCUCCCCCAAUCCGGCGCCCAACCUAGCGGUUGCCACUCAGCUGCUCGAGCAUAUUAAGGUUGCCAUGCGCGGUUCUGGUUACUCGGAGACCGUCACGAACGAAGUCGUCUCCGCCCUGGGAGUGCUGGCCAAGUACGGAGUCCUCGGAAUGGGCGUGGGCGUGCCCCACACCAACGGCGCCCACUCCACGCUGGGCAACUUCCUCGGCGUGACGACGCUGGACCAGCAGACUGCGGCCGCCGCGUCCGCGGCCACCGCCAGCAAUGUGUUCGGUGCCGUCGGCCAGGUGAACCUGGAGCAGUAUGCCGCCGCAGCGGCCGCUGCAGCUGCCGCAAGCAGGCCGACGCAGUCGCAACUGGACGCUGCCGCGGUGCAAUUCGAUCCAUUCCGCCAUUUGGGCUCGGCCACGGCGCCGGGCGCCACGCCCGUCUCGCUGAACAACAACAGUUUCGGGCUGACGGCAGCCACGGGAACGGCGACCACGGCGCAGCUGGGCGGACUCAGCAAGAGCCCCACUCCGGGCGACCUCAGCUCCAAGGACUCGAAGAACGUCGAGGUGCCGGAAGUGAUUAUCGGCGCUAUUCUAGGUCCGAACGGUCGUAGUUUAGUUGAAAUUCAACAUGUUUCUGGCGCAAAUGUGCAAAUUUCCAAAAAGGGCAUAUUCGCACCUGGCACUAGAAAUCGCAUUGUAACCAUAACUGGUCAGCCGAGUGCCAUUGCCAAAGCGCAAUAUCUAAUUGAACAGAAAAUCAACGAGGAGGAGACAAAGAGGGCGCGACAAAUUCCAUUAACCACUGUUGUGAAUUAAAAAAUCCGAGUAAUGCAACCAACCAGCUAUCUUAACAGAACAACAAACAAACAGGCAAAAAGCAAAACAACAUACUACCCCACUCCCCCCAAUCCCAAAAAAAAAAAAAACACUCACACAAGCAAGUUUUUCGUCUAAAAUUUGUUAAUUUCUUAAAAGAGAAAAACGAAGAUCAUAAAAAACCAAACCUAAAAAAAUACAAGAAGGGAAAACAAAAAAGGAAACACCAAUUGUUAUGCGUGCAGCUAAAAGUUAAGCAAUUAAGAAAUAAUAAUUACGUAUUGCAAGAUCCAAACACUUUUUGAGUAAACUGUUCCACGGCCUUCACCUCAAGAGAUUUGCUUUAACUAAAAACCCCUUUAAGAAAGAAAGAAAAACCAAAUGAACAAUAGUAAAAAUUUGUAUAAACACUACGUACUAACUUCUACUAUUAUUAAUUGUUGCAUUUUUUUGUCACGCUCGAAACGUUAAAAUUGAAAACAAGUUAUAUUGCCUAUUGCCAGUUUAAGACACAAACUAGUUGCGAAAGAAAAGAGUUUGUGUUUUGUUUGUUUGUGAUGCGUAUGUUUUGCGUUGCGUGUUUUGUUUUUGGUACUCCCGACCAAGCUAUACGAUACGAUAUACAUGGGGCAUAUAUACAUAUGUAUAUGUACACAGUUGUUGAGUCUUGUUUAUAUAUUAUCUACCCACAUAUGCCCAUACAUAUAUAUAUAUACAUAUGCCACCACCGCCCACUUACACACACACCCCCCACACACCUAAUUAUUAGCAUUAUGUUGAGCUAAACCGAUAAAAUGUAUAAUGAGCGAGCGUUUUCAGUGAAAACUUCAGGUGAUUCUUACCCUCGAAAUAAGGUAAAUAUUUUACUACACCCCCCCGAACACAACAACAACAACAACAAAAACACUUGCUAUUUACAACUACAACAGGCUAG